AUGGAGUUCACCAACAACUACAAAGUCCCCCCCAUACCCAAGAGAGAUGUAGAUCUACAAGCAAUGUUGAACCCUUCUAUCCCCUUCGACUUCAACUUUGUCUACCCUGUUAAGGAACUACAAAACGAUCGUCUCCGUCUGGUUCCAUUCGUCCCGGCACUCUUUGCGCAAGAGUUUUUAGAUCUGGUCAAGCCGAACCCAGAACUCUUCACAUGGCUACCCUUUGCACCCUGGGAAACCAUGGAGGAGUUCUUGAUUUGGUAUGACACUUAUGGACACUCAAAAAGUGACUGGAUCAUCUUUGCUGUUCUCGACCUUUCCAAAGGGAUAGAGAAUCCAAAGUGGGGAAAGGGGCAACUCGCCGGCAUGAUCGCACUCUUGUAUUGCGAACCGUACAACUUUUCGGCAGAGGUUGGUGCAGUGAUCAUCGGCAAGCAGUUUCAAAGGACUCACGUUACGACAAACGCGACUGGGCUACUCCUCCAAUGGACAUUCGAGGAGCUCCAUCUUCGAAGGGUUCAGUGGCAAGCCAACUCGCGCAACGAACCAUCUAUCUCGGCUGCACAGAAGAUUGGGUUCACACUCGAGGGAAUCAUCAAAUGGCAACGAGUGAUUCCCAUGUAUAAGAAGGAGACUGGCCAACGAGUAGACAGAGGUCGAGGUGAAGAGGUCCCAAGCAGACACUCUGCGAUGCUGGCAAUUUGCUGGGACGAAUGGGAGGCUGGGUUGAAGGACAAAGUGGCUGCUAGAAUGGCCCGCAAGGCUCGUUACAUUGAUAGUUUGUAUGGCGGAACGCGGUCUUCCGUUCCGCCUGCUCUUCCCCUCGACAGCUUGCAGCCUGCCAUGGGAUUCGUAAACAAGUAUCAACCAUCAGAGCCCUGUGGUCUUGGAGACUUGUCAUUCAUUUUAGAUCCUGCAUAUCAGUGGGACUUUAACUACUUCUAUCCUGUCAAAGCACUGGCCAAUGAUCGUCUUCGCUUAGUCCCGUUCGUGCCAGCUUGGUUUGCUGAGGCAUAUCUCGACCUCGUACGGCCUAACCCAGAGAUUUUCCAUUUAAUCUAUUCGCCAUUUUCGACAUGGACGCACUUGGACCAAUUCCUCGAGUUUUUAGAAGUAUACACUCGACAGAAUCCCGGCCGUCUGUUCUUCGCUGUCCUCGAUUUGACCGACGACUUUGAAGAUGCCCGUUGGGGGCGAGGAAGACUUGCGGGAAUGAUCGCUCUCAUCAACACAGAGCCACAGAAUCUAUCAGUGGAGAUUGGAUUUGUCUUGAUUGGCAAGCCAUUCCAACGUACUCACGUUACGACAAACGCCUGUGGCCUACUGUUGCAGUGGUGCUUCGAGGACCUUGAGAUGAGGCGUGUGCAGUGGCAAGCAAAUCACCUAAACAAACCGUCUGUCGAGGCGGCGAAGAAGAUGGGCUUUAUAUUCGAAGGAACUAUUCGUUGGCAGGUCGUAUUGCCCAAGGACAGAGACUCUUAUGGCGAGCCGGUGAUGAGAGAUGGCCGACAGGAGGCUCUAGGAAGACACACUGUUGUUCUUUCCAUCAGCUGGCAGGAGUGGGAGAGUGGAGUCAAGGAAUUGAUGGCUAAAAGGAUGGCUCGUCUCUCUUGA